GACAACCACGACCACGUCACAAACAAUGUGAAUAAGGUUAUGUAUCUGGUACUUUAAACUGAAAAAUGGUUGUGAAUGCUGUCAAGCCCUUAAAUCAACUUGCUUCUUUUUUGAAGCUGCAAGCCGGCAAAAUUACUUUUAGUGAAAAUACUCUUCCAACACGUGUUGUUAACAAGAACAGCACGUUUGGGUACAUAAAUAUAGUUAUUGAUCUGAUAAAACAAGCCAAUUCAAAUUUAGAAGGUUGCACUGAUCUGGAAAAGGCAGAAGUUAGACAGUGGAUUGAAUAUGCCAUUCUUUAUGCAGCUCAUUCAGAGUUGUCUCACCAAGUCUUAAGGGAAUUAAAUGCAGUUUUGGCCACAAGGACUUACUUAGUUUCCCAUAGAUUAACAGCAGCAGAUUUGUUUUUGUACUAUAUUUUGCAACCAACAAUGGAAAAUUUGGCCAUUUUGGACAAAGAAAGAUUUGUACAUGUAUCACGUUGGUUUGACAAUUUACAACAGGAUUCAUCCAUUCGUCAAUCAAAUAAAUUGGUGAAUUUUAGUACCCUUUAUUUAGCAAGUGUAGCACCAGCAAGACACUAAGUAUUAAAUACUGUAUUAAAUGCUAGGAUACAUUUUAUAAAAUUUAAUUUAUUAAAACAAUUUGCCAAGUA